AUGUUGGACAGGACAAAUCUUCUUAUUAUUGCUCUUCUUUCGAAUCAGGUGGACAGCGCCGCCGAUGAUUGCACUUUUGGUGUUUCGCUGCAAACGAACAAAACCAAUCCAUCGAGCUUAGAGGAUGUGAUCCACGACAAUUCACGGAAUGCACUGCACACCACAUCAAACUUGUGUCGGGUCACUCUGGAUAGUUCUUGGAACUUUGUUGAAGUGUGCGCCGGAGUUGGACCUUCAAGUGUUGUUCGGCUGCAGAGUUUGGGAGCGUAUCUCUCUCCCGUUGGAUUUGAUUGGCUUGGCACCUCACAAAACGGUUUAGAAACUGGAUGCAGAUCAAGUGCAUUGAGGUUCACGUCUGGAGUUUCAUUCAGGUUGAACGUUUUGUCGGGAGAGCUUUCAAGUCCGGAUCGUCAGGCGGGCUGGUCGUCAUUCAGCAUAUCCAACGCUAUGAAGUUCUAUUCAGAUUUUUUCAGCGGGUAUUCCUCGGUUGGACUAAGAAAUUACCAAACAGUUAGAUUUGAAAAUAUUCAAGCAAAUCCAACUAAUGAAAACUACAACGCGGCAGAGCAUACAUAUUCCUGCAAAAAUGGAGAAAAUUAUUUUUUCAGCUUUUCUGCUGGCGUUCUUCCUUUCACUAAAACCAGACUCGCUUUGGAUGGACUUGAUAAAGUUUUCUUUGCGCAAAGAAUGAGCUCAAACAUAAACGGCCUUACAACCAUAUCCAGAAGUGUUUUGGUGCCUUGCAAAAGAAAUGUUCAAAUCGUUCUUUACAAUGGGCAGAUAGUUACAGGCAGCAAUGCAACUUUAAUCCAUUUUAUGGCCUUUCCAUAUGAAAGAAAUAACGGUCAGUCUGCGUCUUGGGCCGCUUAUAAAAAGAGUAACUCAACUAACCAACAGUAUUUGUCAUUUGAAACUUGGGAUAUAAUGCAAAAUGUACUAGCAGUCGACAACAGUAAAAUUUUGAUCUCUGUAUCAGGACAUUACUAUGUGUACGUGAGCAUCGGAACAUCUCCAAAUAAAAUAUCGUCGGUCAGCCUUCGAGUAAAUGGAAAUAUAAUUUUUAGAUUGGAAAGACUUUCUACAAAUAUUGAUGGAAUUGAUGUUCUUGGACACGGAAUUAUGAUUUUUUUGAAACAAAAUGAUGCGGUCCAAGUAGCAGUAGAAAAUCAAUCUGUGAUAUGCAGUGAGGAGUUUGGAUAUCAGACCUCAUUCUUUGGAAUGCUUAUCAAUGAAUAA